CGUUUUCACAUACAGAGCGCUGCUGCUUACAACAAAUAAAUAACACACACAUACUACACACACAAAGUGGAGUCAUAAGGGAGGGUGACGGCCACCUUCGGCACGGCAACGGGCGAAGGGGAGGAGCACCAUGACAUGCCACUCCACCUGUACGUUGCAGAUACCCGAAGAUCGCCGUCUCGAUUCCAUCACCACCCACCGGUGCCACCACCUCCCACCUGCCACCACCUCCCACUCAUCUUCCGUCCGCAUGCACACACAUACACGAUAAACAAUACGAUACACCACACCCACCGGUGACGUCUGUCUGUCUGUCUGUCUGUUGCCAUGGGUGCGCCACUAGCACACCAGCUGCCUACCCACCCCGGCCGUCACGCCUUUGUCUCUCUACUCUCUACGUCCAUUCAUUCCGUCACACGUCGUCCAUGUCGUCGUCUUCAUCCUCAUCUCUGUCGCCCUCACUCAGCCGGCGGAAGGUCUCGCACACAUCGACAUACUCGUCAACUGCACACACACAGAUGCACCGCAGACACACACGGGUGUGUCGGUGUUAGGUGGUGUGUUGCGUGUGUGUGAGCGGCCUGACCUUCCAUGCCCUGGUGGUCCGAUAUCUCUGCCACCUUUCCCGCCAUCCGCACACGAUCCAACGCAAAGGAUAUCGACUGCACCACACCACACCACACCACAUCACACCAGCCACACGUUCACGCGUCAGUCGCCCGUGUGGUUGUGGUGAGGCUCAUUUCAUUCACGAACCUGGAGUGGGGGUAUGAGUGCUGCCUUCUUCUGCUGUCGCCGCCCCACCGGCCGCGCCGUCUUGGCCAGUCGGGGGUCGAUGGAGUGCAGCAACGCACACACGGCAAUCUCCUCGACGUCAACAGACGGCUCACGACAGGCUGGCGGCUUCCUGAUCAUCGAAAGGAAAGGAGUGUCAAGGACAAAUGAGUUGUGCAUGUGUGUUGCGAGUGGGUGGGCGGAGGCUCACAUGAGUGUGCCGUUUGAUGCGAUGUGUGCGUUGAAGAGCUGUGGGUAGGCCAAUGGCAACACCAGAGGAGAAUCCACCGCAUAGCUGACAGACCAGCAAUGGGGGCAAGUGACUGACAAGAAGGCUCCAUGUGUGUGCGCCUGUGAGUGGCUGACCAUCUGGCUUGCGCAGGUGUGGGUAGAUAUCUGCUGAGCAGCGGUAGGAAGGGCACCGACAGGCCACGGGCAGACAGACACUGAUACGGAUGACCCUGCACACAACGCAAUAACCACACACCCAUGCAUACACUCAUCUGUGUGUGUUGACGCAAGCCUCUCCUAUGCUGGCUUGGCUGACCAUCCGCUUUGCCCCCAGAGAUGCUCCCGUGAGGUCAUUGAAGCCCAGUGGCUGCCACACGGCUGGGGAGGGGAAUACCGAUGGCUGUGAAAUCACGUCGCCCCGCUCGUUGAGAUCAGGGAACGGUGGGAACAGCGACAUGUUGGCAGACACCUUGGACCGAUCCCUGCAGGCACGACGGAUGGAUGACAUACAGGAUGGAUGGAACAGCAGCAUUCGUGUGUUGGUUGGUUGGCGCACCAUAUGGGUAUGGGAAGGGCGAGCCCCAGGCCGCACAGGGGGUUGCCGCUGGGCACGGACGCCUUGAUCAUGUCGGUCAGACUCACACCUCGGCCACACGACAACCUGAAUUAAUGGAUCCGACGACACAUAACCUCCACCACAUGGGCCAUCUGGCAAUCAUCUCUGUAUACCUGACGGGGCUUGUGAGUGCAUCGAGGGCAGUGGCGAUGAUCGCCGACGAGUCGAACCAAUUCACAGCCUGCGUGACAACACACAUGCUGCUCGAUUGCCACUGCUCGAUUGCCAUUCGCACACCCGUCAGUCAGUCGCCCACCCACCUCAAAUUCCAGCGGGUAGAUCUGCCUCUCCGUCAGGCCGCCACCAAUCUCACCCAACUGUGGUGGGUACCUCCACUUGUCGCACUCCACCACACACACGCCCGUCCCCUCACCACCCGCACCCUCACACCCGAAGCCAUGCAGCGUAAAUGCCCCGUUGAGACGCCGAUACUGCAGCGGCCAGUCGAUUGUCUGUGCUGGAGCGGCAGAUGCCGACGGCGUCUCGCAUGUGGCAGCGAUGGCGAAGAUGGACGCCUUUGGGCACUCCUCGCUGAUCCAUUUCUUGUAUGUGGUUGCAAGGGCGGUGAAUGCCGUGUGUUGGUCGGUGAGCAUUUGGAAGGCGUCGAUGCGGUCGGAGAGCUCCAGCUGGUGACGGAGCAGCUCAAGCAGGGCCUCAGACUGCCAGGAAGCACAAGAGACGCAGUGCACAAUACGGCUGGUGAUGGAUCCGUAUUGGUAGUUGCAUGCAUACAUACGUGUUGGUCCCUGUCGGCAUAUGCGAGGCCGUCGAAGAAGGAAUCGAACCCGCCGAUGCUCAAAUGAUAACCUGAACCAAGAGGGGGACGGGACGGGAGAAGGAGGCGGCAUGAGAGUAAUGGAUAGAUACGGCAGACAGACAUGGUCGCCCUCCAUAUCUAUUCGUCGCCCACCUUGCAGCUCAUGGACACUGGUUGGUGGCAGCUCCACCUGACAAGAACAGACAGACAGACAGACAGAGAGAGCGGCAGAAUGGAUGGAUGAAUGGAUGGUGGAUGGACCAGUCAGCAUCCAGUCGGUCGGCUGUGUUUAGUCACCUUGAGGUAGUCGGUGAAGUAUCUGGUGUCCCGCCGCACCUCAGCGGCCGAUGGCGGCGACACUCUGGCCACUUUGGUUGAGGCGAUGCCGUGUUCGCCCGUGUCCCUGCCGUUGCGCCAGUCGUGGGCCCCCAGGCUGCGCACGUAGGCUGAUGGCGGGAUCCGGGGAGACGCUUGCACGGUGGCCUGGCCCUUCCUGAACACACGUGAGUGACAUCCAUCAGUCUGCCGUUGCGCAUGUGCCUUGCAGCUCUCGUGCUGGCUAACCAAGUGUGUGCGUAUGGCUGCUCCUGUGGCUGCUCUUCUUGUUGGUCGCCAUGAGGUACGCGGUCUCUCACGGCGACAGAGCCCAAGGCGCCUGACGAACGGAAGAUACGCCGGACAUUCAAAUGCGCGUUCAUCCUCCGAGUUUCUGUCUGCGUGUGUGCGCCCUACCGGAGUAGUCGACGACCAUCAGUCGGGGCCGGUAGACCACCCCCUGACGACCAACAAACACACACACACGACGGAAAUGGAUGGGCCAGCGACAAAUGCCUGGCUUCUCUGUCCCAUGAGUGCUUCCCACCGUCUUGGAGUCGUGUGUCGAGUAGUAUGGCGUGUAGUCCAUCUCACGCUCGUCCUCCGCCUCGCUCUCCGCCGCACCUGCACUCUCAUCCUGAAUGCACACACAGAUGCACACACCACAGAGAUCAAAGGGAUGGAUGAAUGGGAUCUGCCUGCUGAUGCGUGUCGUGCACUGGCUCACGAGUAGGUUCCAGAAGUGGCUGCCGAUGAAGUUGGCGAAGGUCCCAAGCUGCAGCGUCACUACAUCACGAGGACCGGACGAUGCCAU